GGCAGAACCCUGCAGGGAGAUGGGCAGUGGACUUCACUCCCUCUCUCUCGGAGACUCGAUUUAUGGCUGUCUUAAAUUCAGAGAACCAUGAGCAGUGAAUGCUUGUUACCUUACUACACCGCCCACAGCUACCGUUCAAAGGGCGUGUUCAAUACCUGCAUGGGGGACCUGCAACGCCAGCUGUACAAGGGAGGGGAGUAUGAUAUUUUCAAGUACGCACCGAUGUUUGAGAGUGACUUUAUCCAGAUUAGCAAAAAGGGGGAGAUGAUUGACGUACACAACCGUGUCCGGAUGGUGACGGUGGGCAUCGCGUCCACCAGCCCCAUCCUCCCACUACCUGACGUCAUGCUGCUGGCCCGGCCAACCAAAGUCUGUGAAGAGCAUACCAAACGCGUCCGGCCCGCCAAGGGGAGAGGCCGCAAGCCCGCCAAGACCCUGGAGCUCACCAGGCUACUGCCCUUGAAGUUUGUCAAGAUCUCCAUUCACGACCGUGAGAAGCAGCAGCUGCGCCUGAAGCUUGCCACUGGCCGGACUUUCUAUCUGCAGCUGUGUCCCUCUGCAGACGCACGGGAAGACCUAUUUUGCUACUGGGAAAAACUUGUCUAUCUCCUGAGACCACCAGUGGAGAGUUGCAGCAGUACCCGGAUACCACAAAGCGGGGAUGCAGCGACCAUAGAGGAUGACAGCAGCCUGUUGACCGCAGAGUUCCGUGGAGAUGGAGAUCAGAAUGAGGCGAGGUUUUACAAUCUUUGUGAUGUGUCCAGAGCCACUUCUUCGGGUUAUGCUGGGGGAGAGGGAAUGCCCGGUUCAACUCACGUCAAGAAAACUCCAGGGACUGCCGAAGGAGAGGCAAAGGGGGCAACCGCAGGCCUGGCGGUAGCAGGAACAAGCCCUAGAGCAAGCGUGGCAGCAGCGGGAGUGAGAACAAGCCCUGCAGCCAACAGGGCAGCAGCAGGAGCGGGAACAAAUCCUACAGCAAGCAUGGCAGCAGCGGGAGUGAGAACAAGUCCUAAAGCCAACGUGGCAGCAGCAGGAGCAGGAACAAGCCCUAGAGCCAACGUGGCAGCAGCAGGAGCAGGAACAAGCCCUAGAGCCAACGUGGCAGCAGCAGGAGCGGGAACAAGCCCUAGAGCCAACGUGGCAGCAGCAGGAGCGGGAACAAGUCCUAAAGCCAACGUGGCAGCAGCAGGAGCGGGAGCAAGUCCUACAGCAGGUGCUUUGAGCAUAGCAGCAACCCAGAAUGCGGGCACCGGCCACAUGGGCGCGGCCGUGGCUGGAGCCACCACCAAGGGUCCAGGAGAAAGUGGAUCCAGCAAGGCCGCGGCAGGUGCUACCAACAUAUCCUCAGAGGGCACGAACGUGGCCUUGGCGGGUGCUGCCAGCUCGUCCUCAUUAAGUAAUUCCAUGGCAAUGGCAGGGGCUACCAAUGUCUCCCCAGCCAGCAGCACCAGCGUCACGUGUAUAGUGACAACCACAAGUCCUGCCGUAGAAAGAGCUGAAGACCACGUCUCAACCUUGAAGAGUGAACGGGAAGGGAGCCCGAAGGUCUCCCAACCCAGAGCUGAAUCUCGGAGGGGGAAAAAAGAAAAGAGAGAAAAGAAGGACAGAACUUCCACAAGGAAAAGUUCCCAUCACCGCAGGACAGGAGGGAGCAAGUCGGUCCGGAAAUCCUCCUCCCACCGGUCAUCAUCUGGCCAUAAAAACACAAGAGAUGACAAAAAAGAAAAAGGGGCGAGCAACAUCAAGGGCAGAAGACACAGCACUCACAAGAGUUCUAGCCACAGCUCCGCUGUGAAGGAGUCGAGGGUAGCUCACAAACUGGGGAAAAGCAGAUCUACCAGCUCAGGUACUUUAAGUAAGAAAUCCAGUAGGAUCGGCUCUUUCUUCAGGAGCUUCAGAGUCACUCGUGGUUCAAAAACUGAGGUCUCAUCACACGACAGGGAGAUGGACUUCAAGGCUAAGAAGGUAGGGAAGCGCAACAUAGAGGCCAAGGUAGAGAAAGCCCCGGGAGGCCAGGAUCUGGAGAUCACUGGCACCGUGACAUCGGAGAUGAUGGAGACGAUCUACAUUGAGACCAAAUCCAAUUAAAAAGGAGCCAGGGCAGGAAGCUGCAGUGGAGACCUAGCCUCAUGAAAGUAUCCCUAGAGAGACAGUGCCAGCGUUCUUUAAUAAAGGAAACAAUACACCUCCAAAAGAAA